CUUCGUCCGUCCCCUCCUCUCCCGUGCUCACCACCUCCCCCAUUUUCGCCGCCCCCUCCGAUCUCGCCGUUCUCGUCUCCUUCCGUUGGAUUAGGGCUCUUCAUCUGUUCGCCGCACUUCGUCAGUCGCCCAUGGCGGAUGAGGAGGUCACUGAUCCAAAGGCGCUCCUAGAGGAUCGUUCAAAGGCUAAGUGUGUGUCGCAGUGGUAUGAUUAUCAGAAAUGUGUUAAAAGGAUUGAGGACGAUGAGACUGGGCACAAGCACUGUACCGGUCAGUACUUUGAUUACUGGAAAUGUGUUGACAAGAAUGUUGCAGAGAAACUCUUUGAGAUGUUAAAAUGACAAUUUUUCCCUCCAUUUAUCCACUUAAAGUUGGUAAUAAUUGUAUCACUUGUGAGGCCUAUAGACUAUUAAGGCACUUAAUAUUUGUCAGAGAACUUUUGCCUCUUGGGUAACACAAAUUUUCCACUGCCAGUUUGCAUUUCAUUUCUGCUACUAGUAUUGAACCAGCAAGGUUUCCUCCAUUGCUGGAUAAAAAUCAAUGGAAUAUUCCCAAGAUUGUGGCUGAGCGUUAAAUGCUAUAAUGUACCUUAAUUGCUUUUAUGGUGUAUUUUGACGAGGACAUAGCUAAUCAUUCAGGUCCAUAACUUGGAUGAGAUGGAAUAACAUGUGUACAUUACUUCUAGCUGGUGGUAAUGAUUUAUCAUGA